CUGGUGAGUUGUCAUUGUCAAAUUCAUAUGUGGACGUGCUGUCAAAAAAGGAAAACGACAACGGGGUUCAUGCACCGAUAUUGUACAUAAAGUAGAAUGAUUUUUAUAUUAAAAAUAGUUUGAGCUAGGUCUAAAAAUAUGCGGUGGAGUGUGUUUGUUUUGUUUUCUCUGAUUUGGGCCGUGAAGGCGUGGGAUGACGGUGAUUUAGAAGUGUUUGACGUGGUCGAAGAAGUUAAUCAAAACUUUUACGAAUUAUUGGGUGUGGGACAGGAUGCGUCACCGUCAGAAAUAAAAUCUGCAUUUAAGAAGCUCACAUUAAAGCUCCAUCCGGAUAAGAAUGAUGCCCCUGAUGCAGAUGUACAGUUCAGGAACCUGGUCUCCGUGCACAACAUACUCAAAGAUCCAGGAAAACGAGAGAAAUACAAUGAGGUGCUCAAAAAUGGUCUUCCAAAUUGGCGAUCAGCCAUUUACUACUACCGUCACGUGAGGAAGAUGGGUCUGGCCGAGGGCUCCAUCAUCCUGUUCAUCAUCAUCACAUUUGUCCAGUAUGCCGUCGGAUGGGCCGCGUAUGCUGAGAAGAGAUUUACGGCGGAACAAAUACUUAAAAGCAGAGGCAAAAAGCACUCAAAGAAAUCAGGGUUUGACCAGGGAUUGUCAGAAAUCUUAGAUCAGCUGCCAAAACCUAGUAUUAAAGACACAUUGCCCUUCCAAAUACCGCGGUGGGUGGUAACAUCUAUACUCGCCAUACCACGAGGAAUUAUAGAACUUAGGAGAAGAAUGAAAGAGAAAGAAGAAGAAGCUAAGAGACAGAAAAAGAGGGAAGAAGAAGAGAAGGCUAGAGCGGAGCGGGAUGCGGUAAUAGCAGCCGAGCUGAAGGCAGCCGGCGUGCGCAAGCGCCGCAAGUUUGUGCCCCCCGCCAGGGACGGGGACUGUCUGCUCGAUCCUGCUGACGAGCCUGAGGGAGGUCCUGUGGUCGUGCCUGUUAGACAGCCUGCGGCCCCAGUGAUCACAGGAGGCUUAUGGACUGAUGAUGACCUGGCUGAAUUAGUGCGGCUUGUAAAAAAGUACCCAGGGGGCUCGUCAGAGAGGUGGGAGCGGAUAGCGGAGACCAUGUGUCGGAGUGUACCGGAAGUCACGCACAUGGCCGCCAAGCUCAAGGAGAACUGCUACAAGAUACCCGGUCAAGAACCGGAACAGCCGAUCGUUGUUGAACCCCCUAAGAAGGUGAAAACGCGUAAAGCGGAGGAGACGUCUAGCGGUAACUGGUCGCAGACGCAACAGAAAGCAUUGGAGUCUGCGCUCGCGAAGUACCCCAAGGGGGGCGCCGGAGACCGAUGGCAGAAGAUCGCUAAUGCAGUCCCCGGGAAGACCAAAGAGGAAUGCAUGCAAAGAUGCAAGUACCUAUCAGACAUGGUAAGAAAACAGAAGCAGAAAGAAGAAGAAGAAGCACAACAGAAUGCAGAAGGUGACGUCACAGAAGAUCAACAAGAGUCUUAGGCACUAAUUGUUAUGUCGACUCUAUAA